AUGGGUUCUGAAAACAUAAAGCUCCCACUCAUAAAUUUAUCCAACAUUAAAGAACAAUCUCCAACAUGGGAGGUCGCGAAAUCCCAAGUCCUGCAAGCCCUGCAAGAAUACGGCUGCUUUGAGGCCACGUUUGAUCGUGUCCCAAUCAACCUCCGAAAAUCGGUAAUUGAAGGGUUAAAACAACUGUUUGAUCUGCCUCUGGAGAACAAAUUACGCAACAGGUCAAACACGCCCUACCAUGGCUACGUGGGCCAAUACGCCAUGGUCCCACUCUAUGAAAGCCUUGGGCUACAAGACGCACUCUCACCUGGUAAAAUCAAGAGCUUCACUAAUCUCAUGUGGGCCCAAGGAAAUCCAACUUUCAGCGAGGCUAUAGAAACAUUUUCCGAGCAAUUAUCCGAAUUGGACAAGAUUGUGAGGAGAAUGGUCUUGGAAAGCCUUGGGCUGGAAAAAUACAUGGAUGAGCAUUUGGGCUCAACUAAUUACCUUGUGCGGGUCCAAAAGUACGAUGGGCCUAAAACCCAUGAACCUAAGCUUGGACUGACGGCCCACACGGAUAAAAACAUAGUCACCAUAUUGUAUGGAAAUGAAGUUAGAGGGUUACAAGUGCUGACAAAAGAUGGGAAAUGGAUAAAUGCUGAGCCUUCACUUAAUUCAUUCAUUGUCAUGAUUGGAGACUCCUUCCAUGCAUGGACAAAUGGCCGACUGCAUUCACCGUACCACAAGGUGAUGAUGACCGGAGAUGAAAAUAGGUACUCGAUCGGAUUGUUUUCGAUCCCAAAAUCGGGUUACAUAAUUAAGGCCCCAGAUGAGAUGGUAGAUGAAGAUCACCCAUUGCUUUUCAAGCCAUUUGAUCAUAUUAAGUUUCUUGAUUUUUAUUACUCUGAAGCUGGUCGGAGUUCUCCAGCUGCCCUAAAGGCUUAUUGUGGAGCCUAA